AUGUUCAAGAGAGCCUUUCACACGACGGUGCCCACGGCAGGAAAACCCGGUGUGAGCAUUGUCCACCCGGUGCAUCACACAGUGAAGUUCAAAAAAGCCCAAGUAUCAGAGAGAUACAGAGAACUAUUAACACCCAAGUCGUCGAUUCUGUCGGCCGGAUUCCGACCGCUAGUAGUGUCGCCCGACCGAGUUCGCGACCACCAUUAUAACACGAUUCAAUCAGAUCUGUUACUGAUUAACUAUAUGCAUGGAGCCGAGGAUAAAAAGGGUAUUAAAAUGCGAGAAUGGGAUGGCUCGUCGCCAUAUCAUCUCAACAGAGCGCCGCGACCUCCUCGUGGCCGAUCUAGAGCCACUAAAGACAUUAAAGUACGAGAUUGGUCGAAUGUGCCGGAAAUCGUCGGAGUAUCACUCAACUGUUUUGUCCCUGAAGCCAAAGAAGUGUCAGAUAUCGCGGUUGCUGCCAAACUGCAACUACAACAAAUCACAGGUGUUAAAGCCCGCACCGUCUACUCACGAUCCAACGUGCCCACCUGGAGACUACGUCCCGGUAUGGCCAUGGGCGCUAAAGUGCAUCUUGUGGGACGACCCAUGAACCAAUUCUUGUAUACACUGACCGAAAUCGUUCUCCCGCGAUCCAAAACGUUUACUGGAGUCUCUAACAGUGCUGGUGACACCACAGGCAACAUCACUGUCGGUAUCAGUGCCGACGACGCCCGCUCGUUCCCCGAAAUCGAAGGUAACAUCGAACAAUGGGCUACCACCUUCGGUUUCGACAUCACCAUCCACACCACAGCCCAAGUCGACCCCGACGCCCGCACCCUCCUCUCGGCCUACGGGUUCCUCUUCAAGGGUGAAGAGAAGUUCCCGUCGCGAAUGUAA